AUUUUGAUUUGAUGUUUGAUAUAUUUUUGUCAUUACCAUAUCUCGAAUGAUAGUGAGGGAGUUUGGGUUGGUUGUUUGGUAGUCGGUCAGAGUUUACUGAUUUUGAAAGAAAAAGAUAGUUAAUUAUAAAAGAACGGUGGUAGUGAAUAAAUGCUUUAUAAUAUAGAUUAAAUAUUCAAGUAAACGUGUUAUUUUAAAAAUAUAAAAAUGUUGAGUGUUUGUCGUAACAAUGUUGCAGUCAGUUUUAAAAGAAUGUUACACCAGAGUGGGUGUCUGUCAGGUGUGAUAAAAGAUCCUCACAUUGAAGAUUUCCAAGUUCAAAAUGAACCCAUCCUAGGUUACCUACCUGGAAGUAAAGAGAGAAAAGAACUGGAGACUGCACUAAAGGAAUUGGCCAGUAAAACAGAAGAUGUUCCAAUUAUCAUAGGAGGACAAGAGUUCAGAACAAAAGAAGUAAAAUAUCAAGUUAUGCCUCAUGACCAUAAAAAGAAGAUAGCUCAGUUUUAUUACGCAUCACCGGACUUGGUGAAAAAAGCAAUCGAAGUUGCGACUCAAACACAAAAGACUUGGGAUGCUGUGCCGCUUGAAGACAAAAUCAAGAUAUGGAUGAGAGGUGCCGACCUCUUGGCCAACAAAUAUCGGUGGAAACUAAACGCUGCAACCAUGCUGGGCCAGGCCAAGACUGUUGUACAAGCCGAAAUCGAUUCAGCUGCUGAACUGAUAGACUUUGUCCGAUUAAAUGCAUAUUUUGCGAAAGAGUUAACGAAGUAGUACCAGCCAAUCAGUGAGCAGCCCACUGUGACCAAGAACUCUAUGAGGUAUCGAGGUCUAGAAGGGUUUGUGGCUGCUGUCUCUCCAUUCAACUUCACCGCAAUUGGUGGAAACUUGGCUUAUACCCCUACUCUCAUGGGAAGCACAACACUGUGGAAGCCGUCAGACACAGCACUGCUCUCCAACUAUUAUAUCUACCAAGCAAUGACAGAGGCUGGAGUUCCUGCAGGAGUUGUUAAUUUUGUACCGGCUGAUGGACCGGUCUUUGGAGAUGCCAUCACCGCCUCUCCCCACCUGGCUGGCAUCAAUUUUACUGGCUCUGUACCAACCUUCAACCGAUUAUGGACACAAGUUGGAAAAAAUAUUAACAGCUAUAGGAACUUUCCGAGAUUAAUAGGAGAAUGUGGGGGUAAAAACUUCCAUUUUGUCCAUCCGUCUGCUGAUGUGACCAGUGUAGUAAACGGAACCAUUAGGUCUGCUUUCGAGUUCUGUGGACAGAAGUGUUCUGCAUGCUCCAGGAUGUAUGUACCACAAUCUCUGUGGCCCAAGAUCAAGAGUGGUUUACUGGAGACCAGAGACAAAUUGAAAAUAUCUGAUGUGCAAGAGUUUGACACAUUUACAUCAGCCGUUAUCGACAGCAAAGCUUUUGACCGUAUCAAGGGCUAUAUUGAGUACGCCAAGAAAAAUUCUAAUACGGAGAUAAUUGCUGGGGGCCAGUAUGACAACAGCAAAGGAUAUUUCGUUCAACCAACAAUAAUUGAGACAAAAGAUCCCAAAGAUAAGUUGAUGACGGAGGAGAUCUUCGGGCCGGUACUGACAGUUUAUGUGUAUGAAGACAACAAAGCCCACGACAUCUUGACUCUGAUCGACACAUCCACUCCUUAUGCCCUCACUGGUGCCAUAUUUGGUCAAGACCAGAAGUUCCUGCAUGAGGCAACAGAGAAGUUGAAACAUUCUGCAGGCAACUUUUACAUCAAUGAUAAGUCAACAGGAUCAGUUGUGGGGCAGCAACCUUUUGGUGGCAGUAGGAUGUCAGGCACCAACGACAAGGCUGGAGGACCACAUUACGUACUGAGAUGGGCUUCCCCUCAAGCAAUUAAAGAGACCUUUGUACCUCUCACAGACUGGAAAUAUCCAUACAUGGGAUAAAAGAGAAACAAUGCAACAUAAUGGACUGUGAUAUAUUAAACAAAAGGCCAAAGUUUUGUUACUUUGGUGAACUGAUCUGAUCUAAUUCACCAGUAUUUUGUGAAUGAUGCUUAAAGCAUUUAAAAAUAGUCUUGUCAACCAUUAUUAUAAUUGCAAUCCAAGUAAUUUUAGGUAUAUUGUGUGAAGUGUUUUGUCUUUAGUUUUAAAUUUGAUGUAUUAUUUUAUUACUAUCUCUGGUUAUAUUUAUUUAGAUAUAUAUAUAUUGCUCUUAACAUCAGUAUUUUAUUAAAAUUCAAUUCAAUUUAAAUUUAAGUGCAACAAAGUAUAAUGAUUUCAAAUCUAAUGAGAUUUAGCUACUUGUAUUAUUAUUUAUUACCAUUACAGUCAAUAAUUAAAUUUAUUAUGUUGUGUACUA